AUGGGCCCUGGUCCCCCUCGGGAGGCUGGGGUUUCAAGCAUUCAUGCUCCCGGGUUGGUCCCCCCAAAACCGCCCGGGGUUUCCCAUUUGAAAAUCGGCAAAUUUGGCGCUUUAUAUCCACUCAUCCCCCCGUUGCUUUUAGCCUUUGGGUUUUCUAGCCUCAGCUUCCCCUUGUUGGACCCCGUGGUGGGUGGGGCGCCAGCCCCCAGCCCCAGGAAGGUCUCUGACCCCCCCUCAGACGACCCCACGGGCCUGAACCCGGAGAACCACCCUGAACCCCAAAACCCAAGCUGGUGCCCCACGAGAAACCCCCCAAAACCCAAAAGGGGGGACCGAAAGGGCCGGGGCCCCGGGGGCCCGGGACUUGAUGGCGACCCCUGGCCCCCAAAGGCGUGUGGACCCUUCCCCCAAAUUGUCGAAGGGGAAGCCCCCCCAACCGGCAAGCCUGGUGACCAUAAAAAGGUACCCCAAACUCCACCCUUGUUUGGGGUAACUGGGGAAACCCUUUACACCUACGCACUUAUUUUGCCUGAAGCACUUGGGGUGUUUCAAGUCCCCAAAAAGUAUGGACCCCCACCGGGAAAAACUGAACAGCCAAGCCAAAAUGUGGUGUCGUACCCAAGGGCACACAAAUACGGGGUGUGCAUAAAGGGGCACAAAAGGGAAAGAAAAGCAGGACAUAACACCAAAUUUUCCAAACCCGGUCCCAAAGGGGCCAUCACCCCCUGGACCCUUGGCUUGCUCUCGGGAAAAGAGGCGGCCCCUAAAAAAGGAAAGGGCCCAGUUAAUGCACAGAAACACCCGGGCCCAAAGGGGAAAAAGGCCGGGGGACAAAAAAGUCAGAUUUUAACCAAAGGUUCCACCCCCCAGUGGAUCCAGGGAAAAGCCCGACAGCCAAAGGGAGACCCCCAAGCAUGGAACAUCUGGGGCUUCUCCCCAAGGAUUUCCCAAUCCUCCCAAAUUGUGCGAUCAGGGAGCAUUGAACGUCAUGCUCCAGGAGACAUUAAAGCGGAAGCUUUUCCCUUCCCCGGGGUUCACGUCUACGGGCCUCCUGAAACCCAAACCCAAAAUCGGGGCCUUUGGGUCCAGGAGUCCAAAGAGCCGGGACUUCCAAUUUACGAGAUUAGAGAGCUGUCGGGACGCCCAAGGGAAAAUGCCGCCGAAAUGAGAGCUAUGGAACGGGGCAAACGGCCCCCAGCCCCUCAGCCCCGGGGAAAAUGCACGCACCGCGACCCCCCGGCAGAGGGGCCCAAAAGAAUGGCCAAGAGUUUCUCUGCAGAACGAGUAGCGGCCCGUCCCGGGCCCGCCGAAAAAUGA